AUGGGAGCCAAAUGUGCAAAGGAUGAUACUACCAGCUCAUCUAAAGUUGAGGAUAAUUCAAAGAGUAAAUCGGAAGAGAGAAAAAACACUCCUCCGAAAGAAAAGAGAGAAUUAAAAAUUUAUACAAUGGAUGAUGUAGCCAAAUCGGAAUGUUGGAUGGUUGUGGAUGGAUAUGUGGUGGAUUGCACUGGGUUUGAUAAAGACCACCCUGGUGGUGCCUAUGCAAUUGUACAAUAUGCCAAAAAGGAUGCAACUGAUAUAUUUCUCUCAUCACAUGGCAAACGAGGUGUUGCCAAAAUGAAGGCAUUAGCCAUUGGAACAAUAGAUGGUUAUAAGGAUAUCGGAAAACAACUAGCAGAUAUAAAUUAA